GAGAGUGAGUGUGAGUGAGUGAGUGCUCUCCCAGCCUCGCCCUAUUAGGGCCUGCAGCUUAUUUACGUAAAAUGCAGAGGAUGUGCGGUGUCCAGUUUCAGGAUUAGGGGCUCUGAGGUGUCUUUGCUCAGACGUUAGCGGUGCAAUUAUGUGUUAUGCGCUUGACGUCAGGGGGCUAUUUGUGAUCACCCCCCAAGGGAUGAGUUGGGAGUAGCUUUACCCCACUGUCAGCCUAACAGCCUGGUUAAAGCAGGGCAGGCGGAGAGACAGAAAGAGAGAGAGAGAGAGAGAGAGAGAGAAAGAGAGAGAGGUGGGGGGGGGAGGGAGAGAGAGAGAGUGAGAGAGAGAGACAAGACCUCUCAGAGCGAUCUGAGCAGCAACACCAGUCACAUCUUUGAGCAGCGACGCAGGAGGAACAGGUCCACCCCCCCACCACCCCAUCAGUAUGGAUGUCCUGGCUCUGCUGAACCUGAGCGAUGUGCCUCUGUACUGCUCAAAGAUGUCCAUGUUCCCGCUGUUUGACUUGGCGUAUUACAUCGUGUCCAUCCUCUACCUCAAAUACGAACCAGGUGCAGUGGAAGUGUCCAGGCGAAGUCCAAUUGCCUCAUGGAUGAGUGCGAUGCUUUACUGCUUUGCCAGUUAUAUAAUGGCAGAUGUUCUACUCGGGGAAUCUCCUCUCCAAUAUUUUAGCAACACUUCCCACAUCCUGCUGGCAACAGCUGUCUGGUACCUCACUUUUUAUUGUCCACUCAAUUUAUUCUACAAGUGUGUGUCUUUCAUGCCUGUGAAAUUGGUCCUUGUCGCUAUGAAGGAGGUGGUGCGGGUCCGUAAAAUUAGUGUAGGCGUUGUACAUGCUCAUCAUGCCUAUCACCAUGGAUGGAUCAUCAUGGCCUUGGUUGGAUGGGCCAAAGGCGCUGGAGUUGCAUUAAUCUCCAACUUUGAACAGUUAGUUCGUGGAGUCUGGAAACCAGAAACAAAUGAAUUCCUCAACAUGUCUUUCCCAACAAAGGCCAGUCUGGUUGGAGCAGUUCUCUUCACGUUACAGCAGGCUCGCUGGCUACCCAUCUCUAAACAUAACAUCGUCUUCCUUUUCACUGCCUUCAUGGUUGUCACUAAGGUAUUCAUGACAGCAAGACAUUCGCAUGGAUCACCAUUUGCUCCAAUUGAAGCUGUUAUCUGCCCCAUCCUCUUUGGCGCUGCAUCCUUUACCUCCGAUGAACAUGAGCAUAGCCACUCCCGUGAAACUUCACAAAGUUAUUCCCCUUCCAGCAUAUCUCCAUAUACGGCCAAGUCAAAGGAGGAACUGAACGAAGGGACAAGGAAGAAGAAGACCAAAAAAGUUGAAUAAAUAGCGCGACUCCCAAGACAGUUGCUAAUAUGUGUUGAAAGAUCUCAUCAAAGUGCAAUUUCAGGAUUUAAAGUAAUCUGACUAUGAGGAAAAUGGACAUAAUUGUACUCAUACACUAUUCUAAGAUUUGCGUUUGAGCUUGUCUGUCUCAUUAAAUGGAAAGGAAAAGUGUGAACAAAUGCUGGUUAAUCUGCCCAUCCUAGGAAUGCGACUGGUAUUGAAAGAGUGUUACCAAUCUCAAAUCCUAGUGAGAAAAGGCAGAUAAGUACUCUCACUGUCACAGAUUUGUCAGUGUCUCUCAAAGAGGCCAUCUGGAUAUAGUGUGUAUAAGUAAAUGGAAAUAUUCAUCACGGAUGUUCUGAUGUGAAAAUAUUUGAGGCAUAAUUGUGGAACUAUGUUAGAAGGAAUCUCCUAUAUCAGUGGGUAUCAUGUUGUCACUGUUUACAAAGUUAAGUUUAAUUCUUCAAUACUAAGCAUUACACACAGGAAAAUCAAAAUGCAAAUAACCAGUUAGAGGCAAAAUGGAAUGGAACUAUUAUACUGCCUGCAUUUUGCCACUUGGAUUCACAGCAGAUACUGAAACUGGCUCACUUUGGGCUCCAUAAACUGAAAAGCAUUGAUAUAUAGGCACAUUAGGACCCCAAAGUGCCUUGUGCCAAUCCUUACACAUAAGUGGCCGUACACACAGCACAAUUCCCAAAAUACCUAGAAGCUGUUUUUGUUAAUAGUAUGUUAUUUCAAAUUAGUAUAUUCAGAUUAAUAUUCAGUAUUAGUAUUUUCUUCUUAUACCACGUUUGGCUUGGAAAUGUUUGUAGGUGGGGAGGAUUGUGUUACUCACAAUGGAAUCAGAUGGAUUUUGAUGACUGAUAUAACUAAAUUUACAGGAAAAAGAAACAGGAGUGAAAUUACAAGAGUAAUGACAGUGAUAUCUUAAGUGCAGCACAAUCCAUGCUCAAAACUCCUCACAUCUCAUGAUACCAUAGGCAACUAUGCACUUUUCCUAACUAAAAGAGUUUUAAUUGUUUGCCCUUACACUAAUUAAUGGUGGUUGGUUGAAAAGUAAAAUGGCAAAGACCUGUGAGCCAGUUAAUCUCUCAGACCUAUUCUCUCUCUCAACCAAAGGAUGCUGUUUCGCAAAGAACUUGGGACUAGAGGACAUGGAUGACCUGAAAGGUCUUCUUUAUCCAAAUCUCUCUUGUACUCUGGAAUUGGUUGAAAAUACCAAAAAUGAAUUUAAAAAGUCGCUGAUUUUUGUAACGAUUUAAGUGGCCAGUUCUUUUUCAUAUACUCCUGUUUUUAUACACAAAAAAAUGACAGCAUCUUCAGGGCAGUGGCUGACAUACAUUUUCCAUAUUAUUUUCAACGUAAUAUAAAUUUUUAGUUUCCACUUAGGUGCUCAUAUCUACUAUUCACUGACACCUAAGCAAUCACUCAGUUGGGCAAAGAGCCCUUUCACAUCAUAGCUUCGAAGGUGUGUAUUAUUUAACCGCAGAACGAACAAGUAGCAGAGUUCCAGCCAUUUGAGAAUAAGAUAACCUUUGUGUAAAAUAAAAUGAAUUUACAACAGAACACAAUAUUUGAGAAUCAAGCCCUAAAAAUGUUUACUGUACAAUAUGAAGUAUAAUAGUUUGUACCAAGAUUACUCCCUAAAAUUGCCAAUACCAGAAACGUAUAAUAUAUUGAUGUGCCUUUGUGAAUUAAAAGCUAUUUUCCUUCUUGUGA